AUGCAGGCUACUCUCGAAAUUUCAACAAUCACUUCAUCCUCCGCAGGAAUCCUUGUAGCCGAUAUCUAUGGCUCUAUUCACCUUUUGGACAAGGGCUUCGAAUCUAUAAGCAGCUGGGUAGCUCAUGUAGGAGGAAGGGUCACACACAUGGUGGAGAAGAAAGGAAUUCUGGUUACACUUGGAGAGGAGAACACAGCACAGUCACCACUCAUAAAGAUAUGGGACCUUGGAAAGAAAGACAGACGAACAACCGCACCCCUUCUUCUUCGCUCAGCUAAAGUUCAACCUAGCAAUAGACCACAUCCGGUGUCCACGGUUGCACUCUCUGCAAAUCUCUCCCACUUGGCCAUAGGCCUUGGCGACGGCACAGUCCUCUUAUAUCGACAUCUAGAUCAAUCAUUGGCGUCCUCUGGAUCGCUGACUACUCUCCCCAAACCACGAACGAUACAUGAGUCACCCACUGAACCAAUCACUGGACUAGGCUUCCGUGAACCCAUUUUGCGUUCCUUGAGUCAUGCUCCGGACGCAGCCCUCAGGCACUCGAGAGAGCCGACAGACCAGACCGACUCCAAUCUUUACUUGUUCAUCGUGACAACCAAUCAUGUUCUUGUUCACCAAGCCACUGGACGCGGCGCUGGCAGUUCUUCGGUCAUGGUGGUAGACGAAAUCGGCGCUGGACUAGGCUGUGCGGUGAUGAGCGAGUCGAAUAUGAUCGUUGCACGCGACGAAGCCAUAUAUAUGUGUGCUAUUGAAGGCAGGGGAAACGCAUUCGCUUAUGAAGGCAAUAAAUCCGCUAUCCACGUACACUCCUCGUACCUUGUCAUUAUCUCCCCUCCAUUUGUAGCCUCCGCCUCUGCUGCCUCUGCUACCGUCCGCAAUUUCGUUCGCACCACUGGUGACGAUACAUCCGAGAUUAGCAAGGUCACUGUGUUCGAUCACGCCAAUAAAUUCGUUGCGUACAGUGGAACCUUCUCACAAGGCGUUCGCGAGAUUUUUAGCGCACCUUGGGGUGAUUUGUACAUUCUGGGCAACAACGGAGAACUGACCCAUCUUAUCGAGAAGUCUACUUCGGCCAAACUGGAUAUGCUGUACAAAAGGUCGUUAUACGGUCUCGCCUUGAACCUUGCUAAGACACAAAACCUUGAUGAUAGCCAUGUCGCGGAUAUCCACCGACAGUAUGGUGACCAUCUGUAUUCUUCCAAGAAUGACUACGAUGGUGCAAUGACCCAGUACGUGAAGACACUAGGUUGGGUUCAACCUAGCUACGUGAUACGGAAGUUCCUGGAUGCCCAACGGAUACACAAUCUGGUAACAUACCUGCAAGAACUUCACACUCAAGGUCUUGCCAACUCAGAUCACACCACUCUUUUGCUGAACACUUACACAAAAUUGAAGGAUGUGUCGAGACUGGACAGCUUCAUCAAAACGGAAUCAAAGUAUUCAAGAGAGGAAUCGAUUGCCUCAGAUGAACUGCCUUUCGAUCUCGAUACUGCGAUAAGGGUCUGUAGGCAAGCCGGUUACUUCGAGCACGCUGGCUAUCUUGCUAAGAAGUACGAGCGUCACGAAGAUUACUUGAGGAUACAAAUAGAAGACGCUGGCAAAUAUUCGGAGGCACUGCUUUAUCUCAGGAAGCUGGGAAUGGAUGCUGCUGAAGGGAACUUGGCCCGCUAUGGUAGAGCUCUACUGAGUAACCUCCCGCAAGAAACCACAGAACUGCUCAUUGACCUAUGUACAACAACAUUAGAUACCACUGUCGAGGUCAUCGACAACACGGGAGAGGAAACACCGAUCAGUGCUGUGUCGAAGUCCACAGCUGGCGGUGCUUCCUACCUUUCGUAUCUUACUCUCCAUCGCAACUCCAUUGCAGGGCAGGCAUCAGAGACUGCUACUGUUGCUGCCCCGUCAGUCAAAACCGUACGAGUCGGCGAUAUUGAUGGCAGUACCAUAAGACGUAGCGGGAGCUUGAACAGCGAUGGUGCCUCAGGCACUCCACGAGGUAUCUCGCCUCCUCCCACUGCUUUAUCGACGAUAGGUAUCGCGCCGAUGUCUGCGCGUCCACCUAAUGUGAAUCUAUCGAAACGGCUAAGUCCGCGCUUAUACUUUGCGCACUUUGUAGACCACAUGGAACAAUUUGUGGUCUUUUUGGAAACUGUUGCGUUGAGAAGAUGGGGACAGAGUGUCGAUGAGAAUUCUCAAAAGGAUAUGUCUGAUCCAAGCCGGUUGAGCACGACGCCUGACAUCGACGAUGAGGAAGAUCGGCACGAUCAAGUAGCUGUUUGGAAUACAUUACUGGAACUUUACCUCACCCUUCCAGGAUUAUCCUCUUCCCUCGGAUCUUCGGCGCCUCAGGAUGAAAUAGCUUUGAAGGAGAAAGCCCUCCGAGUCCUUCGCAGUGAAACAAUUCCCUAUGAUACCACGCAUGCCCUUAUCCUAUGCUCGAGCCGAGGAUAUACCAAGGGCUUAGUCCUUCUUUGGGAGAAGAUGGGAAUGUACGAAGACGUUUUGCGGUUCUGGAUGGAACGUGACAAAGAGGGUGCCACGCCCGAAGCUUCGACACAAGUACUGAAGCAUCUUCAGUUAUACGGUCCAAAGCAUCCACAUCUUUAUACCCUAGUACUACGAUUUUUGACUUCAUCCCCAGUGCUCUUUUCUCGCCACAUGGACGACGUGAAGGAGGUAAUACAGCAUAUUGACCAGGAGAGCAUCAUGCCACCGCUAGGCAUUAUACAAGUGUUGAGUCGCAACGACGUCGCAAGUGUUGGUCUAGUCAAGGAAUGGCUCAUCGAGCGCAUAACUCAGGAGCGGGGUGAGAUACAAGCUGAUCGGGAAUGGGUCAGCUCGUACAGAAUGGAAACAGCCGCAAAGCUCAAUCAAGUUCAGGAGCUUUCUGAUCCAGAGCACCCGAAGGUUUUCCAUGUUACUCGUUGCUCUACUUGUGGUGGGCAACUGGAUCUACCCAGUAUCCAUUUUAUGUGUAACCACAGCUAUCAUCAAAGGUGCCUACCCGACAACGAGACCGAAUGCCCCAACUGCGCUCGGGAACACGGUGUUAUACGAGAGAUACGGAGGAAUAAUGAACAGCUGGCGGAUCAGCAUGAUCUUUUUGUUUCCGAAGUGCAGGAAGGAGGGUUCAAAGCUCUCGCGAACGCUUUCAGUCGAGGACUGUUCAACCAAUCUCGAUUAGACUCCGUUGCUGUCUAG